GGUAAAUGCCUUUCUACGUAGAUGUGUAAAAAACCUUAAAAUCCAAGUGUCGACUUUUGAAGGGCCAGCCUAUGGAAGGUAGAGAUAUGGAUAUCUAUUAUGUCAGAAGUUGUUGAGAAAGUGUCCAGCGAAUAAUCCAAGAAGACGAACCGUUAGUGUAGCUAAAGGGUAACCAAUCCAAGAAGGCGAACAUACUUUCAUCCUUGUUUACUUCUUACUUCCCCAUUAGUACUUUUUGACGUUUUCUAUGAUUUGCUUCUAUGAAAUUGAUUAAUUAAUUUUGUAUUCGGAAUUUAUUCACAAACCUUCACUUAUGGUGAAUUUGUCUCAUUAGACAAAAAAAUUAAGUAUGUAUGUUAGUUAGAAAAACAUCAGCUAGGACCUUGGUGGAUAGAAGAGGAAGACGAUGUAAACAAACAUAACCUUUGAUUUCAAAUUCAAACUUCCUUGAGCAAAUAAUUCAUUUGAAUAAAAUAAGAUUAAGAAACAAUUAAUUAUGCACAAAAAAAUACAAAACGUAGAAAUGUGGAUUACGAAUAACAAAACGAUAAUAACAGUAAUAAUAUUUGGAAUAUUCAUACAUGUUCUAUUGCUAAUAACUGUAUUUGAUACCUACUUCAAAAGUCCUCUUGAACUGGGAAUGGAACCAGUUCGGUCUACCAAAAAACCAACAUCGAAAAGGUUAGUUCUAUUUGUUGCCGAUGGUUUGAGAGCUCAAGCUAUACUAGGCGAAAAUGCAGGUUAUGCACCAUUUCUUACUUCUAUCAGAAAACAUGAAGGUUCUUGGGGCAUAUCUCACACAAGAGUACCUACAGAAUCACGUCCUGGCCAUGUUGCAAUGCUUGCUGGAAUAUUUGAAGAUCCAAGUGCCAUCUUCAAAGGAUGGAAACAUAAUCCAGUUGAUUUCGAUUCAGUUAUAAAUCAAUCGAGCAAUGCCUGGUGUAUAGGUAGUCCAGACAUUGUAACAAUAUUCAACAAGGAUGGAAGAAACCACAUACACACCCAUGCAUAUAAUGCGGAGAUGCAAGAUUUUGGAAAUAAAGAUACUACUUUGUUGGAUAGAUGGGUUUUUGAUGAAACUUAUUGGAUAUUGAACAAUAAUAAGAACUCUGAAGUAUUUGAACAAUCUGGGAAUAUAUUUUUCUUGCAUUUACUUGGACUAGAUACUGCAGGACAUGCUUUCAAACCAUAUUCUAAGCAAUAUAUUGAUAAUAUUAAUUUUGUUGAUAGUAAUGUAAAAUAUAUGACGAAUUUAUUCAAAAACAAAUUUAAUGAUAAUUUAACUACUUUUCUUUUCACGGCAGACCAUGGAAUGACUAAUUGGGGUUCUCAUGGAUCUGGUUUAGAUCAUGAAACAUUCACACCAAUUAUUGCAUGGGGUUCAGGUAUAAAAAGAAGUAACAUACAAAAAGAUAUCAAUCAAAUUGAUAUAGCUCCUCUGAUUUCUUCUCUAAUUGGAAUAAAUUACCCAACAAAUAAUCUCGGUAGACUUCCUGUUGAAUAUCUGGAUAUAUCUGAAGAAAAGAAAGUACAAUACUUUUUGACCAACAUACAACAAGUUUUCAAAAUUUUCAAUGCAAAAGAACAAAAGAUAGAAAAAGGCACUUUCUUUUACAAACCAUAUAAAUAUAUUUCAGAAUUUAAUUUCGAUAAAAAUUUCACGGAACUUUGGUAUAGUAAUGAAACCUACAAUAGAAUCAUAAAGAAAUGUGAUUCAUUGUUCAAUGAAAUAUUAAAGGCCAUUGACUACUGCCAUAAUUAUUUCAUGAACUACAUCUUAUUUUCAGUUUCUCUGGGAUUGAUAUUCUGGAUGAUAUACCUUUCAACAUUUUUUUUUGAGGAUGAUAGAAAGGAAAUUCAAACAAAUGAAAAUCAAUUUUUGAAGGCAGUCUUCAUUAUUUACAGUAUCUUGGUGUGCUUGAUGUGUUUUUUGCAAUCAUUUUCAUAUCUUUAUUAUAUUUAUUUCCUAUUUCCCAGUUGUAUGUUUUACAUCCUUCUAAGUAAGUUUCAUUUACUCUCUCAGAAUUUCCAUUUAAAUCUCAAUCGCUCUAAAUGCUUGUAUCUAGUUUUUUUUUCCUCAUCCAUCAUUCUCUUCAUUUAUGGUUUCCAGUAUCGUAGUUGUUUUUCUCUUAUGAUGAUUUUCACCUCAUUUUCUAUAUUUAUAAAUAAAGAAAAUAGGGUGCAAAUAAAGAACUCCCUGAAAGCUUCUUGGAUAAUUGUAUGUUUUGUUGUAGGUGUGUUUCCUAUGAUGCCCUUAAUGUUCACAAAAUUUCAAAUUGUUUAUUUUGCAGUGGGCUAUUUCUCAUGGCUGCUUUUUUCUCUUUAUAUAACUUAUAAAGAAUUAAGAGAUUUCAAAUUGAAUUCCUGUAAAUUGAGAAUUCAAAGACGAGUAUUUUAUGUACAAAGUAUUAGUUUCAAUUUUGCGUUUAUAAAUUCCCUCAUCAUUUCUCUAGACUUAUUUGAAAAUAGUAGUAUUCUGAAAUAUUUAUCCUGGUUGUUAUUUUUUGUACCUAUAAUUUGUAUUCCAUUUUCUAUUAAAUUUUUAGAAGUUAGGAUUUUCACCAUAUUUUUAGCUUUUGCUCCUUUCUAUUUGAUGACAACGAUGUCAUAUGAGCUUAUAUUCCUUACUUCAUUCUCCGUUCUCUUAACAUUGUGGAUGAAGAUAGAAAAAAAUUUGAAAGUAAAAUCGAACAAGGAAUUUGAAAAUUUCAGGAGAUGCUUGAUUUUCUUAUCCACAAUUUUGAUUGGAUUUUUUGGAACUGGAAAUAUUGCCAGUCUUAAUUCUUUUGAUCCCAUGUGGGUGAGAUGUUUCCUCACCAUAUUCAAUCCUUUUCUUAUGACUAUUCUGAUAUUUGUUAAACUUAUUUUGCCAUUUUUAUUCUCUGCUUGCGUUUUCAGGGAUAUCGUUCUAAAAUCUGGUAUGAACUUGACUAGUUCCUUUUGUGUAAUUCUGUUAAUUUCAGAUUUAAUGGUAUUUUAUUUUAUGUAUCACAUCAAAAAUGUUGGAUCAUGGUUAGAGAUUGGUAUGAGUCUGUCUCAUUUCAUAGUUGUAGAAUGUUUCACAAUCGGUAUACUUGUUUUGUAUUUUGUUGCUUUUAUUUUUACAAAUAUUGCAUUUAAUAGAAAUAAUUUUUAUUUCAUGACAAAUUGUGAAAAAAGUGAUAAUAAAUAAUAUAUUAUAUUUAUAAUUUUUUUAUGGCUGUUAUGUGAUGAAAUGGAAUGUAGCGUUAUUUAUUGUUGAUUAUUUAGAAUUAUAAAGUGUUAUUGUAGAUAUCAUAGAUUUUUUAUUCCUGGCAAUUUAAAUAAAUGGUAUUAAGGUUGAAGUAUCUACACUUUUAUCAUGGUAUAAAGAUUAAUGUAACCUUUAUACAUUAUCCACGGAAUCUUAACAUUCAUUUGUCAUCAUCAGAAACUAAGAGUUCCAUGAAUAAGAGUGUUGCUACUUCAAUCUAAGUAGAAUGCUGAGUCCACUGUGAACUGUAAAUAUUUGAUAAUGAAUGGUAUACCUGAAGUAAAAUUAUUUUCUAUGCCUAAACAAAUUUCAACAUAUAGUUAAGUCAAAAUCCUAUUCUAUAUAGAAUAUUGCUCUACUUAUCAUUACGUUAGUGGUAUUAGAUUGAUGUUCCUUAACUGCCAUUCCUGCUUGUUCCAGGCUGUUAUUUUUUUUUCUUUGUGAUAUGUACAUUUCAUUAAACACCUAGAAGUGCAAUUAUACAGACAGACAUUUGUCUAAAUUCUUGUCAUGUCUCAAAUAUAAUUCAUAUGGUAAAAUUAGCGUAGAAUAUAAAUCGCAUUUGAUUUUUCA